AUGUUUAUCAAACAAGAAGACAUAAACAAACUACCCGGCUCUUUAGUCAUCAAUAACAACCAAACAUUAUUUCGAAUAUUUUUCACUGACGACAAGAUCAUCUGCUUCUUAUGUAAAGGAGUCGGACACACUACUGCAUCAUGCAAAAAACACACAUCUCCAGACAAUCCGCAAUACAUACAACCACACAAACCGCCCCAAACGAUGCCAAAUCAAGAUAUCACAUUUGAUGAACACCCUACAUCCUUUCUGGAAGAAGUACAACCUCCAGAUUCUUCAACAUUUGAUGAAACCAACCUUCAAAAUCACUCGGACCAACAUAAAGGAAAACAAGAUGAAACCAUAACCCCCGACUACAAAAAUAUUUUCAAUUGUAAUAUAAUAACCCAAAAUCCAAUCGAAAACUCAACCUAUAACCAUAUCAAGAGACCUUUAUCAGACACAAAUUCACCAAUGUCCCCCACCCCUCCAACGGCCUCAAGUGGUAAUUUUCCUAUCGCGCAGCCCGAUAAAAAAAACAAAAGUCACCUCUAG